AUGGCUGGUCGCUAUGACAACCCCUUCGAUGAGGAAGAAGUUAACCCCUUUUCCAAUCCUGGAAGUGUUCCAGCAGCCACAAAUUCAAGGCUUUCACCUCUUAAGCCAGAGCCUGUUGAUUAUAAUUAUGGCUUUGGUGCGACAGUUGAUAUACCUCUUGAUUCAUCGACGGAUUUGAAAAAGAAGGAGAAGGAACUUCAAUCCAAGGAAGCUGAAUUGAGACGAAGGGAACAGGAUGUGAGGCGGAAAGAAGAAGCUGCUGCACGAGCUGGAAUUGUUCUCGAGGAGAAGAAUUGGCCUCCAUUUUUCCCAAUAAUCCAUCACGACAUUGCUAAUGAAAUUCCAAUUCAUCUACAAAAAUUGCAAUAUGUUGCAUUUACUACACUGUUGGGAUUAGUGUUGUGCCUCUUUUGGAAUGUCAUAGCUGUUACUGCAGCUUGGAUUAAGGGUGAAGGUGUAAAAAUAUGGUUUCUUUCCAUCAUCUACUUCAUAGCAGGGGUUCCUGGAGCAUAUGUUCUGUGGUAUCGCCCAUUAUAUCGUGCUUUUAGGACUGAAAGUGCUUUGAAAUUUGGAUGGUUUUUCAUGCUUUAUCUGCUUCACAUAGGAUUUUGCAUCUUAGCUGCGGUUGCUCCCCCUAUAGUUUUCAAAGGCAAAUCCCUGACGGGUAUUCUGUCUGCCAUAGAUGUGCUGGGCGACCAUGCUUUGAUUGGGAUUUUCUACUUCAUCGGGUUUGGAUUAUUCUGCAUUGAAACGUUGAUCAGCAUUUGGGUUAUUCAGCAAGUGUACAUGUAUUUCCGUGGCAGUGGUAAGGCUGCUGAGAUGAAACGGGAGGUUGCUAGGGGAGCAUUAAGGGCUGCGGUAUGA